CCUAUCUCUCUCCCUCCUGUCAAAAGCUACCUAGUUUUCUCUCCUUCGUUUUCAUCUCGAGUCUACACCUUACUACUAGUAUAUCUAGUAUACACUCGCUCAAAUCAAGACUCAUAAACAACAACAACACAACAAAACCCCCAUUCUUCAAAAUGUCUGCCACUACCACUUCCGUCGCUGCCAGCGCCACCGCCUGCAACACCGUGACCUACUGGCAGCUCCCCGUCGACGAUGCCGCCUGUGCACUCCCCAAGACCGGCAAUUACUCCGAUAUCAUGGACAAGUGCUGCUCCCCCGCCAAGGUGACCGAUUUCGACAACGGCUGCGGCCUCUACUGUCUUGCCCAGGGCCAGAGCAUCGGUGAUCUCAAGGACUGCCUGCGUAAGAACGGUGCCCAGGACGGCCGCGAAUUCUACUGCAAGGGCAAGGAUAACGCCACCGCCACUGCCUCCGCACCGUCCUCCACCAAGACCGGCGACAAGUCCGGUACUUCCACCGGCAGCGGUGCCUCCUCCACCUCCUCCGACAGCGCCGCCUAUGCCAUCCAGCCUGCCGUCUCCAAGGGCGGUCUCGGACUCUUGGCCAUGGUCUUCUGCUCCGCUCUUAUGGGUGUUGUUGCCUAGAUAUUUCCUUCCUACGGGAGGUUAUUGGUUUCGGGAAUGAUUGGGAGGGGUUUGUCUAUACACUUUUGUUUUCUGCGGUGAUUCGUCUUGCGAUGCAUCGGGCAGGACAUAUUAUUUAAUACCCUUAUGAUAUGACCUGCUGUAUUAUAUUUUCAUUUUUUUUUUUUUUUGUCUCAUGGUUUGGAUGUCGGUCGGUAUUGAGCUAGGCUAUUCUUAAUUUUAAUGACUGAAAAUUUCGAUCCUUUUAUAUGAAA